CUAGUACUAAACAUUUUUUUUAAUGCAACUCCUGCAUUGAAAAUUAAUUGACAUUUGUUCUUUUGCUCCGACUUAAGACUAAAGUAUCUAGGACGCAUUGUCACUAGUCGAGCUAAUUCUUCCUAGAAACUGAAUUCAAUUUUACAUAAGUUGGUAAUCCUAGCUAAACAUGUGUUUCUAACCUCUAUUAGUUGAGACAAGUUUUGUAUAUAUAAAUAUUCACGUUUUUAUUAAGUUAUAAUAUAUAGAUAUAUAAUAAAGAUGGUGCGAAAAUUAAAAUAUCAUGAACAAAAAUUAUUAAAGAAAGUUGAUUUUAUUUCUUGGGAAGCGGAUAAUAAUUUGCACGAAGUCAAAGUUUUAAGACGUUUUAGAAUUCAAAAAAGAAGUGAUUAUGCAAAAUACAACAAAUUGUCUCGUGAAGUUCGAGAAUUAGGAGAGAAAAUUAAAGAGCUCGAUGCUGAUAAUCCAUUUCGCAUAGAACAAAGUGCAUUGUUAUUGGAAAAAUUAUACAUAAUGGGCUUAACAUCUAACAAAUCUGACUUAUCUCUUACCCAAAAGAUAAGUGCAAGUUCAUUUUGUAGAAGACGAUUGCCAGUUAUCAUGGUUCGUAAUAAAAUGAGUGAAAAUAUAAAAUUAGCAACGCAGUUGAUCGAACAAGGACACGUUAGAGUAGGAACAGAAAUAGUUAAAGAUCCAGCAUUUUUAGUUACAAGAAAUCUCGAAGAUUUUGUAACAUGGGUCAAUACGUCUGCAAUUAGAAAGCAUAUUAUGGAAUACAAUGAUGCUAGAGAUGACUACGAUAUGAUGUAAUGAUUAAGCACAUAGGAUAAAAUUGUUUUUUACCUAUAUUCAAAUAAAUAAAUUAUUGUUUCUAUUUCAAUGAAAAGUCGUUCCUAUU